CCGUACCCAUCGAACCAAAUUAAAGACGAAGUAGUGCCAAACAAUUAUAUUGAAAAUCAAAUUUACUCGAGACUGACCCAAACGUAUCGGUUCGUCACACCUAGUUGAAGUGAAUUAAUCAAGCCGUGAUAAUUGAAAAGAAAAGUGGACGCGUGGUGGUUAUUCGAUGUGUUAAACGUAGAUUGGAAGAUUGAAACUUCGUAACUGGAGAUUUGUGAAUUUGUGCGUUGGACUGUUGGGAACAUAAGCAGCUUACAGCUAGAAGGAAAAAGGUGCUAGUGAUACUUAAUGACAUUUGACGAGUUUUGUGGUGGUCCCUUUUGGGACGGACAGCUGGAAUGGCGCGAGAACAACCCAGAUCUGACCUUCUGCUUCCAGCGAGUCAUCUUCCAGUGGGUGCCUUGUCUGUUUCUGUUCGUGUUUUCAAUCUACGAAAUUCACAAGUAUGGCACCUCUUGGUUUCGGGACAUCCCGUGGAAUUGGUACAACCUGUCGAAGAUGCUGAUCACCUUCAUCCUGAUGUGUAUGAGCUGGAUCGAUCUGGGUAUGGUUGUAACAUAUAAAGAAGAGCAGGGCUUAUUCGACGUGCAGAUUGUGACUGCGGUUCUCAACGCCAUCGCUUAUAUUGCGGUUCUUCUUUUGUACUUUUACCAACGAAAAUACGGCAUCCGAAGUUCAGGCACUUUAUUCGUCUUCUGGUUCAUGCGAAUGUUCCUCGGUAUUUUUCAAUUGCGAACGGAAGUUCAGAACAAGGAAGUUCGCGGAGACGUUUCCGGUGAUACAGUAAACUUCUGGGAGUAUCAAUACAUCAGUUAUAUAGUUCAGUUUUCCUUCAUCUGUCUUAUAUUGGUGAUGGAAUUGUUCCCGGAUCAGGAACCGGUAUACAGUGAUUAUCCGGAGGCUAAGAACGCAAACCCAGAACUACGGUCAAGCUUUUUCGUUCGACUGUUCUUUUUCUACUUUGACUCAUAUACGUGGAGAGGUUUCCGUAAUCCGCUGACCAUGGAUGACAUGUAUGAUUUAAAUCCUCAGGAUGCAUCGAAAGAGUUGGUGCCACCAUUUGACAAGUACUGGAACGAAAGUGUAGAAAAAGGGUAUAGAAAACAGGUGACAGUUGAGAAGAAGGCAGGAAAGUCAACAAGCUCGUUCAAACCGUACGGACAGACCAAUGGAUCCGUUUUGCCAGCAAUCGUCAAAGCUUAUGGUGGCCCAUUCUGGUUUGCUGGGAUAUUACAACUUGCAACAGUCGGACUGCAGUUUGCUUCGCCUUAUCUAAUGCAAGAAUUGAUGACCUGGGUUUCCUCAAACGGACCGGUAUGGCAAGGUAUCAUACUAACCUUCGGACUAUUCGCCACAGCUAUGUUGAUCGCUUUACUCAAUGGACAAUACUUUUACAAUUCGUAUAUUACUGGAUUCCGUAUUCGAACUGGAUUGAUCAGUGGUAUCUACCGGAAGGCACUGCGGAUAUCGAGUUCGGCCAAGAAAGAUACUACCGUUGGAGAGAUUGUGAACUUGAUGGCAGUAGAUGCUCAAAAAUUUUUGGAACUGACUUCGUAUCUUCAUGUUCUUUGGUCUGCUCCAGUGAUGAUUGGACUUUGUAUAUAUCUGUUGUACGAUAUCUUGGGGGCUGCCGUUUUUGCUGGUUUAGCCGUAAUGCUUUUGACGAUUCCAGUUGCCGGAGUGUUGGCUAAACAGCUGCGUGCUCUACAGAUGGAUCAGAUGAAGAUCAAAGAUGAGCGCAUGAAAAAUAUGAACGAAAUCCUCGGUGGAAUGAAAGUGCUUAAACUGUACGCAUGGGAGAAGAGCUUUCAGGAUUCGAUUCUAGAAAUUCGCAGUAAAGAAAUCAGAAUCCUCAAGAAGAUGGCAUACUACGGAGCGGGAGUAUACUUCGUCUACUCGAUUGUUCCGUUUCUAGUUACCUUAGUUUCGUUCGCCGUUUACGUCCUAAUGGACGAGAAUAAUCAUUUGGAUCCACAGACCGCUUUCGUGUCGUUGGCGUUGUUCAACAUUCUUCGAUUCCCGCUGCAAAUACUGCCAAUAAUGAUAACCGUUUCGAUGCAGGCUUGGGUUUCCGUUCAACGUAUAAACAAAUUUAUGAACAGUGCCGAGUUGAAUCCUAACAAUGUGACUCAUAAUAAGAGUGAUAAUGCAUUGUCGAUCAAGGACGGAACAUUUUCCUGGGGAGAUGAGACUCCCACACUAAAGAGCAUACAUUUGUCGUUGCGGAAAGGUCAGUUAUCUGCAGUGGUUGGAACUGUCGGAACAGGUAAAAGCUCCCUGAUUUCCGCCUUACUCGGAGAGAUGGAGAAGCUGAACGGGUCAGUGAAUACCGACGGCUCGAUCGCGUAUGUUUCCCAACAGGCUUGGAUCCAGAAUGCAACGCUCCGUGAGAAUAUCCUAUUCGGAAAACCGCUGGAUCAACAGAAAUAUGAUAAAGUUAUCCAAGGCUGCGCUCUUCUACCAGAUCUGGAUAUGCUUCCGGCAGGAGAUGCAACGGAAAUCGGUGAAAAGGGUAUCAAUUUAUCCGGUGGGCAGAAGCAGCGAGUUGCCUUAGCACGGGCCGUCUACGCUGAUGCCGACAUUUAUCUGUUCGACGAUCCGUUGAGUGCGGUUGAUGCUCACGUUGGUAAACACAUUUUCGAGAAGGUGAUCGGUCCGCAGGGAAUGCUGGUUGGCAGGUCUAGGCUGUUGGUUACGCAUGGCAUUUCAUUUCUACCAUUCGUUGAAGAGAUUUUCGUGGUCAAAGAUGGAGAAAUAUCGGAGAGUGGUUCCUAUCAGCAGUUACUGGAUCAAAAGGGAGCGUUUGCCGAAUUUCUGACUCAGCACAUUCAAGAGUUGGACGAAGAAGAUGAAGAAAUGCAGUUAGUUAAAGAAGUUCUGAAAGAGGAAAAAUCAACGCCAUCCAAUGAAGAAGGAACACCAAGAAAGCGAAUCAACCGACAAGAAUCGAGAGCAAGCGUUGGAAAGGACAAACCUACUCCGGCUGUGACGAAAGCAGACAAGUCUACUUUGAUUGAAAAGGAGGAAUCCGCUACCGGAUCCGUUACGCUAGCCGUCUACCUGAAGUACAUCAAAGCCAUUGGUUUAUCACUGGGGCUGUGGUCGAUAGUUUUAAAUGUCAUCACUCACGCAAUUCUAAUAUUUUCAAGCUUCUGGUUAACGGAUUGGUCAGAGGAUCCGGAGGCAAUCACCGAUACUUCGGUACGGGAUAUGUACCUUGGAGUCUACGGUGCGUUGGGAGCUUUACAAUCGAUCGCGCUUUUCAUCAGUUCGAUCAUUUUGGGUCUGGGUUGUCUUAACGCAGCAAAGAAGCUACAUGACAAACUACUUGAAAGUUCGAUGAGAAUGCCUAUGUCCUUCUUCGAUACGACUCCGCUUGGCCGAAUAAUUAACCGUUUUUCGAAAGACGUCGAUGUCAUGGACAAUGUUCUACCGGCAACGAUUCGGGCAUGGCUGUACUUUUCUCUCGCCGUGAUUGGAGUCUUUAUCGUCAUUGGCAUCUCAACACCUAUCUUCCUGGCAGUCGUCCCUCCGAUAGCCAUUAUUUACUAUUUUAUCCAGAAGAUCUACAUAGCGACUUCGCGGCAGUUGAAACGGUUGGAAUCUGUUACCCGUAGUCCGAUCUAUUCCCAUUUCGGAGAAAGUAUAAACGGUCAGUCUACUAUUCGAGCGUUCAAUGAGCAGACCCGAUUUACUUCGGAAUCCGAAGCCAAAGUUGAUUACAAUCAGAAGGUAGCUUAUCCUACGAUAUUGGCGGGUCGUUGGAUUGCAGUUCGGUUGGAUAUUAUCGGUAGUCUGGUGGUGCUGUUUGCUGCCUUAUUUGCCGUAUUGGCCAGGGAAUCGAUUGGACCGGCUACGGUUGGUCUUUCCAUUUCCUAUGCGCUGCAGAUUUCCACUGCGUUGAGUUUUGUGGUCAGAAUGACGGCUGAAGUAGAGACGAAUAUCGUGGCGGUUGAACGAUUGGAAGAGUACACGGAGCUGCCUCGGGAGGCGGAAUGGCAGAAAGGAUCGGUUAGCAAGGAUUGGCCAACGAAGGGAAUGGUGGAAUUCAAGGAUUUGAAGAUUCGGUACCGGGAAGGGUUGGAGCUGGUUAUCAGAGGGAUAUCCUUGCACGUAAAAGGUUGCGAGAAAAUUGGUAUCGUUGGACGGACUGGUGCGGGGAAGUCAAGCUUAACACUGGGAUUGUUCAGAAUUGUGGAAGCUGCCGUAGGUGCGAUUGUCAUCGACGGGGUCAACAUUGCUCAAAUAGGACUGCAUCAGUUACGAGGUCGGCUGACGAUUAUUCCGCAGGAUCCUGUUUUAUUCUCUGGAAGUCUGAGGAAGAACAUUGAUCCAUUCGGAAGCUUCAGCGAUGAUCAAGUCUGGAAAGCUUUGGAAUUAUCCCAUUUGAAGAGCUUCGUGAAAGGUUUGUCGGCUGGAUUGGAGCACGAGAUUGCUGAAAAUGGUGAAAAUCUUUCCGUUGGUCAACGACAACUGGUUUGUUUAGCUCGAGCGGUUCUUCGGAAAAGUAAAGUACUGGUUCUAGACGAAGCGACCGCGGCUGUUGAUCUUGAAACGGAUGAUCUUAUUCAGAAAACCAUUCGUACGGAGUUCGCCGAUUGUACAAUCCUAACAAUUGCCCACCGUUUGAACACAAUUCUCGAUUCGGAUCGCGUAUUGGUACUGGACAACGGACUCGUGGCGGAAUGUGACGCACCACAAACCUUGCUGGCCGAUAAAAAUUCAAUGUUCUACGGAAUGGCGAAAAAUGCGGGUAUCGUCAGUUAGGUCUGGUGUUACAGAUUCGUUAAAUAUUGAUCCUUACGUAGAUCAAAAUUAGAAAAAAAAAAAAUAUUCAUGCUAUCGUUUAAAUAACUAUUCGCAUUAAUGAAUGAUAGUGAAAUAUUGUAUCUAUGAAAACUAAUCGGUUAUGGCAUAAGGGUGAUAAUAAAAUGGUAUGGUGGCUUAAUAUUAUUACAGGCAAUGGUAAUUAGAAUCUAUGGCUGUUUAAAAAUAUUGAUAAAAUGCACUGUAAUUUCAUAUCUGUUACUGCAUCCGCCUGUUCAACUCAUUUGUGAUAAAGAAAUUUGUAAGAUUUGUAUGGUUUAAGAUAGUAGAAAAUAGUGAUUAACAAUUAUAACGAGCAGUUAAAAUUUAUUGUUGACAGGUUAUUCACAACCAAAAUACACUGUUUUUCUAUAUCCGACGUUUCAAUCCUUAAAAAAGGUCCAGAACUGACCGAAACGUCAGAUGAAGACUAAAUAUAGUGUUUUUGAUUGCGAAUAACACUACUUAGUCAAACGUUAGCUGCAAAAUAUGAAUAAACGACCCCAGUUCGAUGGUCUAAUAUUAAUCCUUUUACCAUUGGUUCAAACAUAAGUCCACCUAAGAUUCAAAUAAUGCUCAUUUUUCAGGCUGUUUUUUUAACAAUUUCAAUAUCAACGAAGAUAAACUGUCUCUAUAAAGUUCAAUGAACUUGUGACAAUGAAUCAAUAAUUUAUACGGCAGUCGUAGGAAAAAGAAAAGAAGUGUAUCCAUAGAAACCACUAACAAGUCACUAGGCCACUAUAAAAUUGACCUUCAGCAUUACUGUCUCUAGUAUGAUCUCAAAAAAUCAGAAUCGCUAAGUAAUCACUAAUCGAAAGCUUAGAUGCUCCUCUUUCAUCUGAGCCCAACUUUAGAAUGUUCUAUCAGGGGUCCAGAGUAUUUAUUUUUUGUAACAUUAAGAUGAAUAAUUUGUAGGAUAGUUUUUUAAUGCAAAAAUCUAAACAGAUAUCUUACAUUUAGAAGGUUAAAUUAGUGGACACAUAGUCAGUGCUGUGCUCCAUCACGGUACUGAUGGCAAACCUGCUAGACAAAAGACAAAGUUACGGUUCUCACUCCAAUGAAUUGACAACAGUGAAACGGUUCUCUUUCGAAUCUCUCACUCGUUGGAAUUGAAUUAUUGAAAGGAAAUGAAACUGACCAUUAUUUUAUUACCAAUAUAAAUACGGUUAUGAAGUCAUCUUAUUACAAACAAUGACCUAGUGUUAACAAACAGGCGGUUUCACACAAAUAUCUUUGCAUAAAAGAAACAGAAAGGUGCAGAAAAAACUACAAAACACCGAAUGCUUCCUGAAUACAAUACACUAAUAAUAUGUCGUUUACCAUACCAAUACUAAACAAAUGGUACUCAAUCUGUCUAUCAUCUCAAUGCGUUCUCUCUCGCACGGCUUUUGUGAAAGAUAGUAAACUGAAACACUAUCCGAGGAAAAUGAAAAUUGAAUUACGGUAAUUUUUAUGGUGAUACGGUCACUUCAUCUUUACUGUCACAAUUCAAAGGCCAUCGUGUGAUUACAUAGCACUGCACAUAGUAUCCGAAGAAAGGGCUUCUUACGUUAAUAAAAUCCUUCGAAGACAUCAUUUACACAAUUUAGCCAGUUUCGCGAUGAAAAUUAGCGAAACAAGA